AUGGAAACAAGCCCGAAGGUAAAGAAAGCAUACUAUGUUAAAUUUGAAACACCUCAGGAUCUUGUCAGCCCGAUACUGGAAGCCAUCAGGGUUGCAGCAACCAGCGGCAAGGUAAAGAAGGGCACAAACGAGGCCACAAAGGCGAUAGAGAGGAACCAGAGCAAGCUCCUAGUCAUUGCCGAAGAUGUGCAGCCGCCCGAGGUAGUGGCGCAUCUCCCAUUGCUCUGCGAGGAGCAGCACGCGGCAUACGCCUUUGUUCCAAGCAAGCACGAUCUCGGCAAGGCGCUGGGAAUCGAUAUCACUGCGGCAGCAGCUGCCAUUUUGGACUCCGGUGAUGCCCAGCACAUAGUUGACCAGGUAAUUGCAUCCAUUGAGAAGAUAAAAGGUGGCAAGACUGAUCAAUGA